UUGGAGGAAACCCCGUGCCUGCGGAGCGGCUGGAGCCUGUGAGCGGACAGAGCCACCGACAGAGAGGUUCAGCCCCGGCGCCGACGCCCGCUCCCCGGCCUCUCGUCCUUCCUUUCGUCCGGCCGGCCCUCCGUCCGUAAGAAAACUCAGCCAUGGAUAAAAAUGAGCUGGUGCAGAAGGCCAAGCUGGCCGAGCAAGCUGAGAGAUACGAUGAUAUGGCAGGCUGCAUGAAGUCUGUGACCGAGCAAGGAGCUGAAUUGUCCAACGAGGAGAGGAAUCUUCUCUCCGUCGCUUACAAAAAUGUCGUAGGAGCCCGUAGGUCAUCUUGGAGGGUCGUCUCAAGUAUUGAGCAGAAGACGGAAGGUGCUGAGAAAAAACAGCAGAUGGCUCGAGAAUACAGGGAGAAGAUUGAGACCGAGCUAAGAGAUAUCUGCAAUGAUGUACUGUCUCUAUUGGAAAAGUUCUUGAUUCCCAUUGCCUCACAAGCAGAAAGCAAAGUCUUCUACUUGAAAAUGAAAGGCGACUACUACCGUUACUUGGCCGAGGUCGCGGCUGGAGAUGACAAGAAAGGGAUAGUGGACCAGUCACAACAGGCAUAUCAAGAAGCUUUUGAAAUCAGCAAAAAGGAGAUGCAACCAACACAUCCCAUCAGAUUGGGUCUGGCCCUUAACUUCUCCGUGUUCUAUUAUGAGAUUCUGAACUCCCCAGAGAAAGCUUGCUCCCUUGCAAAGACUGCUUUUGAUGAAGCCAUUGCUGAACUUGAUACAUUAAGCGAAGAGUCAUACAAAGACAGCACACUAAUAAUGCAAUUACUGAGAGACAACUUGACAUUGUGGACAUCGGACACCCAAGGAGAUGAAGCCGAAGCAGGAGAAGGAGGGGAGAAUUAACCAGCCUUCCCACUUUUGUCUGCCUCAUUCUAAAAAUUUACACAGUAGACCAUUCGUCAUUCAUGCUGUCCCACAAAUAGUUUUUGUUUACGAUUUUAUGACAGGUUUUAUGUUACUUCUAUUUGGAUUUCUAUAUUUCCCAUGUGGUUUUAUGUUUAAUAUUUAGGGGAGUAGAGCCAGUUAACAUUGGGGGGAGUUAUCUGUUUUCAUCUGAGGUGGCCAAUAUGGGGAUGUGGAAUUUUUAUACAAGUUUUACAAGUGCGGCGUAGUACUUUUGGUACAUUGUGGCUUGACAAGGCCAGUGUCAGUUUCCAUAUCUGAGCAAAAGAGACCUGCCGACGCACAUAUUGGUCUGCCUGGGUGGGGUUG